UAAUACUUUACGACGCCGUCUGUUAUCGAAGGUCAUACGCGUGGUUUUGAAUCUAGGAGCUUCUGCGUGAUAGAUGAGCAGUAAAUGAUAAACGACAAAACAUAGACGUAUACACUUUGAUGAAAUGAUUGCUUAAUCAGAAGCAGGACCUUCUCGUACGAUGUUGGACUCUUUUCUGUGAGAAACUGUCAGAAACGGCAAACCUCCCGGAUCGUCUCGAAUUUUAGUUAUAGUAGCAUUGCCUCCAAACGUCCCAUUUUUAUUUAAUUUACACUAUGUUUAGAAGUAUUAUUAGGCUUAAUAGUCAGUUCCGAAAUGUAGUUUCUCAUUGUAAAGAUUGUCCAAGGCAUCAUGACUCCCGGCGUAUGCAGAAAUACUCCACUGCUUCAUUAGAGAGGAAGAAGUUUUAUCAAGAUGUCAGCAUAUCCCAAGGGGAAGGAGGUUUGUAUGAAAUAAACUUAGACCGGAGGAAACUAAAAACUCCAGGAGGGAAGCUGUUCACGGUGCCAAAUGAAGCUCUGGCCAUCGCCGUGGCAACUGAAUGGGACGCUCAAAGGGAAACACUCAAGUUCUACACCAUGCAUCUGACCACUCUUUGCAACACAGCUCUGGACAAUCCCACUGAGCGCACCGAGGACCAAAUGAUUAAUGCUGCUCUAAAGUUUCUGGACACCGACACCAUCUGUUACAGAGUAGAUGAUCCCCCGGCUUUGGUUGAGCUGCAGAGGCAUGAGUGGGACCCUGUGCUGCACUGGGUUGAAAACAGAUACAAUGUCACUAUUGGAUCUUCAUCCAGUAUUUUGGGUCCUGAGAUUCCGGAAGAAACCAAAGACACAUUUCGACAACACCUCAAGUCAUACAACCUCUGGUCCCUGACAGGGCUUGAGUAUGUGAUCACCCAGCUGAAGUCUGUUGUGCUGUCUCUGGGGAUGAUUGACAGACAUCUGAGUGUGGAGCAGGCAGUUCUGCUCUCCAGACUCGAAGAAGAAUUCCAGAUUCAAUCCUGGGGAAAUGUGGAAUGGGCCCAUGACUAUGACUUGUAUGAACUGAGGGCACGGACUGCUGCAGGGGCUCUGUUUGUUUACCUCUCAUCCGAAAGUUCGACUGUCAAACGCAAACUUAUGCAGGACUGAGGAUUGGGAUUUAGUUUCUAGAAGUCUUGGAAGGCAAAAAGCAAACAUACUCUUAAGCACCCCAACUAUCUGAGUUGUAUAAAUGUUUUUGUGCUAUAUCCAACACCAUGUAUUCACAUAGUUUUAUUUCGCAAACACAACUGCUUUGUCAGUGGAUUUUUGUAGAGUUGUCACACUUCAGUAAAUCAAAUUGGCUGUCAUUUUUGCAGCGUUUAUAUGAUGCAGCUGCCAAAAGUGACUCUUCAGUUUCCAUGCGGUUCUCAGUCACCCGUUACAUUCUGGACACUGGCACAUAGCUUCAGAAGUGUGGAUGAUGAUGAUAUUGUCUGUUUGGUGUUGGAAUGUUAAUUCCAUGCUUGUUUUGUCAAUAAUAAUUUUGAACAUUUAAAUUCAACAAUGUGCAUUGACUCUUUUUUUUUUAGUAGCAUGCCAUCCCAUCUACACAAACUGUACUGUUUGGUAAAUGAAUACAUUGAAAUAAACAUGCUGCCAUCAGA